UUGAGUUCUCUCUUCCGCACUUUAAUACCAAAAAUUCCGCCUUCGUUUUUUUUUUCUUCGAAUUUAUAUCUCUGUAAUUUUAGAAUCUCCCUUCUCGCCUAGAUUCUCCAGAAAAAAAAUCAAAUCGUCCUCUCUCCCUUCCUUUUAUCAAAAAGGAAAGGGAGGAAGGGGACGAAUUAUAACGAUGACAAAUUCUUCAGGUGAUGAUAAAAAAGACGAAACAAAACUCGUAUUAGGUUAUCUACAUUCUGAACAAUAUCCUAAAUCGGAUCAUAAUUUUGCCCCGUCUUAUCUCAAUCGUACAUAUCACUAUCCUCCACCAUAUGAUCUAUAUCAAUAUCAAUACCCCUAUUAUUACUAUCCAAAUUAUCAAUCAAAUCACUAUAACGAUGACACUAGCAACAACAACAAUGAUAAUAAUAUCGUGCAACCCCAAUUAUCCAAUGUACCCCCACCACGGCGAAAGAUUAUAACUUUUUGUCGUGUCCUUUUUUGCCUUAUCGUUGUUCUAAUAUUGAGUUUCAGUAUUUUUUUCGUAGUUCGAAUUUGGAAAAAUUACGCAUAUUACCCUUCAUUUGAGGUUGUAUCAUUUGUUGUACAUUCUUUCAACAUAUCAAAUUCUACAAAUAAGUUGACAGCUGAUUGGGAAGUAGAUGUGAGGGUGAGGAAUUCAAAUAGGAAAGUGGAAAUUAGUUUUGAGUACAUAGCAACUAGCUUGAUGUACAAACUUCAACUACUUGAAGUGUCGUUCAGCGCACCUUUUGAUGUGCCUGGAAAAAGCAACGUUAAGUUUCAUGUCGAUUCUAAUAUUCCGAAUCUGAAUCAGGUGAAAAUAGGAGGCCUCGUAGUCAAUGAAAUGGCUCGAGAUUUGAGAAGACGUGACAACUUGUUAAUUGAUUUGAGGAUAGAAGCUAAUAUAAUGAAUAAAGGUAGCAACAGCUACUACAGAAGAGCGUUAUAUGUAUUAUGUGAUGGUUUAAUGUUGAAUUUCAAGAAUUCAUCUAGUUUGCCAGAGUGGGACGGUCAAAUAAAUAAUUACAAAAUGGAAUGCACUUACGACGAUACUUGGUGGGAUAUCAUAUGGCAACCUUGGUGAAAUUUCAUGUAUACAUCAACGUCCAAAAAGAAGGAGAGGCCACAAGUGACCUUAUUAUCUAUAUCCUACAAUAUCGAGGAGCAUGGUGAAAUGAAUUUCUUCAUCUUUAAGCAGAGUCUCGCAUUGUAAAUAUUUUUGAAAAUGGAGAAACUUCUAAUACAGAACGAACGCUUCUUUACAUGUACCUUUUUUCACCAACAAUUAACAUGCCCCCUUUUUUUUUUUCUAGUCAAGUUUGAUAUACUAAAGCUAGUAUAUAUACUAGGUAUCAAUCAUAAGACCUAAAGUGAUAAAGCAUAGAGAUGAAUAUUACAAAUAGUUUAAAUUAUAUACACCAUAUAUUAUGUGUAUAAGUUUCUUUUUUAGGUCAUGUUUACUCAUUAUAACAUAUAACUUGUCUUCAUUUUUAAUUUUUACAGAUCUCACUUUUUAUAGAGGCAUAUCUGUAAGUAUCCUUUGAUAACUUGAUAAGUAAAAACUUUUU